GCCUCCCGGUCCGCCGCACCGCGCGAAGCGACGCCAACAGUGCGCAGAGGACUGAGCGACGGCGCCGACGCAUACCGCACGCGCGCCGAGCCGCCGACACCGACACUGCCGACAGCACCAGCUACUGACAAGAUGCUGCCAAGGAAGCGCCUGUUUGCAUUGCUGGUGGUCCUCCAGGCUGUUCAGGUCCGCACUCAGUUCGACAUGGGCACCUUCAAGGUGGUCACUGGCCGAAUGUCUCGCGACAUGACCACCGUCGCGCCCGACGCGUCGUCCUCGUCGCCCCAGACGGUGCCAACUGCGUCGGCGUCGACGGCGACAGCGGUGGAGACGGUGACGGAGCCCGGGGCUGCCACCGUGGAGCUGCGGACCACCACGAGGAUCGCGGAGCUGCUGGACACGGUGGAGGACAGCCUGCUGCCAGCGCGGACCGCUGGAGGAAAUCCGGGCGCCGCCCUGCUGCCGCGCGCCGGCCGGCCGGCGGACGACCCUCCGGAGCUAUAUUCGGGCCGUAGCUCGUGGGACAGGAUACGGGAGGUGCGCCGCAGGAGCAUGAACAUGACGCGAGUGGAGCACAUCGAAGCGGAAUGUCAAGACGACUUCAUGCGGAUCAUAGUGCAUUUCAACGGUACCUUCAGCGGACUUAUUUACUCAGCAGGUUACGCGUACGACCCGGGCUGUAUUUACAUCAACGGAACGGGCCGCAACGUGUACGAGUUCCUGAUCCAGCUGAAUCGCUGCGGCACCCUAGGCGGCAACAACAAACGAGAUGUGGAGGCCCAGGGGCGCGACAUUGCCGGGAAAAACUUCAUGUGGAAUACAGUUUCGGUGCAGUACAACUCUAUGAUCGAGGAAGAGUGGGACGAGCACUUCAAGGUGACCUGCGAGUACGGCUACGACAUCUGGAAGACGGUCACAUUUCCCUUCCUCGACGUCGAAACGCAGACGGGUAACCCGGUGGUGUUCACUCUGAGCCCGCCCGAGUGCUACAUGGAGAUACGGUACGGCUACGGCACCACCGGUAACCGUAUCACCGGUCCGGUACGAGUCGGAGACCCGCUCACACUCAUCAUCUACAUGCGCAGUCAAUACGACGGCUUCGAUAUCGUCGUCAGCGACUGCUACGCCCACAAUGGAGCCGACAAGAAGAUCUCGCUGGUCGACCACUACGGGUGUCCGGUGGACGAGAAGCUCAUCAGCCCGUUCCAGGGCACGUUCUCCGAGGACGGCGUGUUCGAGACUCAGGUGUACGCCUACAUGAAGACGUUCCGCUUCACUGGCAGCCCGGCGCUCUACAUCGAGUGUGAUGUCCGAAUGUGCCACGGAGCCUGCCCGACGCAGCCGUGCCACUGGCGGCGUGGCAAACGUUCCGUGCCGGAGCUGGACACUGCCGAGAACAAGACGGCCGAAGAGGCGCAGCGCACGCAGAGCCUGGCCCUCUUCCAGGCGCUGCAGGUUCUCAAAGACGACGAGGAGCUGGAGAGAACGAGGAGUGACUCUUCAGGUCGGCCUCUGGAGGCCGACAGCGUGUGUCUCAGCUCGGGCGUCCUGCUGGCCGCCGCCGGCGUUGGCGCCUUCGUCGUACUGGCCUCGGCGCUGGCCUGCUGCCUCUUCUGUCGACGGUUGCGCCGUCAGCGGAAGGAGGACGAGGUGGUGGAGACGUUCCGACCUCCGCGCAUGGUGCGCCCCUCCCGCCUGCCCUAGAGGUCGGUGGUCGUCUGAGAGGGCCCCCGUCCUGCCUCAGGGGCGGCUUUCGUCUCCCUAAGGCCGGUCCUUUUGUCCCAAGAGCCGCCGGUCUCUUAUGUCCCAGAGACAGAUCGUUCUUGCCUGCCCUAAGACCGAGCCGGACGACCGAGAGACUGCAGCUGAAGAGACUUGAAGUGCUGGUGUUCGAGAGAUCGCUUGGUGUUCUUUGAAGAGCACAAGAGUGGCCGAUGCCCUGAUCCAGGCGCAGACAUCAGAUGUGCUCUCUCCCUCCCUCGAAUGAGUCCCACAGAGCGGUGACUGUAAGACACAGUUCAGUGGUUAGAAACAGAAUGGGCAUCGAAAAACUGAGCUGAGUGAUGCUUUUUGAGAUUCGGAAGGAAAGUGUGCUUUUAUCGUUCGCCAGGAACUCACGAAGAUAUGGAAGAGAAGGUGUGUUUCAAUGGCGUGGUGGAUAACGGAUUUCCGAACCCAAUGGGCAUUUGUGGUUGGCUGCGACUCACCCGGGAUAAAACCUGAGCUGAGACUUGUUUAGGGACUGAGUCGACAGUGUGGUGGAGACUUUUCCCUCCAUGCUGCAGGCAGAAGCGAUGGAGACAGUAGAGUCCAUCACACGUCAGGACAUCAGCUCGAGCCUCGAUCGGCGACGUACAGAUAAGAGGAGCCCAGUUCGACAGCUGCAAAACUGUUCGGAUUGCAGGAGCCCGUCUGGUACAACGUACGGAUUAGGUGAGCCCGAUCUGACAAGACUGUACGGACUAACGGAGUGGUCGCACUUGGCAGCUUCACAGCUGCGCAGAGUGGGGCCUCUUAUAAGCCGGCGGGCAUUGUGCGCUUGAUAGCGGUAGAGUGGAAGCCCAAAGCAACGGAAAACACUCGAGUUGUGACAACUCGCGAGACUCCUUGUGGAUAGGAAGUGCGUCAAGGAAGUGUGGGCAUUCAUGUCGCCAGUAUUCGCGGCUUUCGUGCUCUAUUGUUGUCUGUUUUCGUGUCUCAUGUCUUAUGAUGCAAAGCUUUCCACUCUGAUGCGACAACGAAGAUAAUGCCUGUUGUAGAUUUUCAUUGUAUUUUAUUUUGUGACAGCGAAUGUUUCACUCAAUGGAAAUAUUCUUUCUGCUCUACAUUGGAAGACGUAAAUCAAAUGUGGUCGAUCUCAUUCAGCUUUAUGCUCCGUCUAAGAUGGUUUAUUCUGAGUUUCUUCAAGUCCGUUGCUUCAUGAAUUCGGUGGAGAAAACGUUUUGAUCCGAUGACCUCUUAGCCUCAAGACAUCGCUGACCUGAUCAUGUAUCUUAAGUAAUGUGCAUUGUGCAGCAGUGCAUAUUUCCGCUUCAUAGUAUCGUUGUCCAGAACAUUGGCAUUCACAGAAUCAAAGUCAAUGUAACAUUUCACCUGCUUGCAUCCCAGCUCGAUAUAACUUAUCUCGCAGCGUGCUUGCUGAGUGGUUGUUGAAAAUAAAAUGAUAUUUGAACAAA